AUUUUAAAAAUAGUUUGUAGUUGUAAAAUAAAUGGAAAAUUUAUCUGAACUUAAUGAGAAAACGUCCAAUAAUAUCGGAUAUAUAUUUAGUGAAAAGCUUUUAGAUAUAUCUAGCAAAAAUCCAAUAAUUAAAGGGCGGUCCAAAAUUGUCCACAGUUUAAUUAAAUCUUAUAAUUUAUUGGAAAAUAUUGAUAUUGUAAAGUCAAAGCCAUCAUCAUAUGCAGAGUUAAGAAAAUUUCAUUCGGAAGAUUAUUGUAAUGUACUUAAGGAAUUUCCAAGCGAAAAUAAUAGAGACAAUUACAGUGAUGAAAAUACAGAAAAUGAAAGUGAGGCUGAAAUAACUGCUGAAGAUUGUUUAUCUGAAUAUGGUUUAGGAUUUGAUUGUCCAAUAUGGUUUGGCUUGUAUGAUUAUUGUAAAGAAAUUGCCGGUUCAACUAUAUCGGCAUGCGAAGAAAUUGUAAAUGGUAGAAAAAUUGUAAUCAAUUGGUUUGGUGGUUGGCAUCAUGCACAAAGAAGUCAAGCUGCGGGAUAUUGUUAUGUCAAUGAUGUUGUAUUAGGCAUUUUGAAGCUUAGGGAAUAUUUUAAUAAAAUUUUAUAUAUUGAUUUCGAUAUACAUCAUGGUGAUGCUGUAGCUAAUGCAUUUGAAAGUACAAAAAAAGUUGUGUGCUUGUCGUUUCAUCAGUAUGAACCUGGGUUUUAUCCAGGAUCUGGAAAUGUUGAGGAAAUUGGAUUUGGUACCGCUAAAGGUUACACUAUUAAUUUUCCAUAUAAAUCUGGUUUGCAAGGUGAUUUGUUCACUGAAUAUUCUGUAAAAUUAAUUCGAAAUGUUGUCGAAAAAUUUAAACCAAAUGUUAUUGUAGUACAAUGUGGUGCUGAUUCAAUAACAGGAGAUCCUUUAGGAAAUUCAAAUUUGAAACCUAAAGACAUAACAGAUUGUAUUAAAUGUAUUUUAAACGAAAAAUUACCAACAUUAUUUCUUGGAGGUGGUGGUUACCAUUUUGCAAAUACAAGUCGUUAUUGGACCUAUUUAACAUCAUUAAUAAAAAAUGUUGAUUUGCCAGAAGAUAUUCCAGGUGAAGAUGAAUAUUUUCUGAAAUAUUCACCUGGUUAUGAGUUAUCUAUUCAACCCAGAAAUAUUAAAGACUUAAAUACUAGAAAAUAUUUUGAUGAAAUAAUGAGCAAAAUUAAGGAGCAAUUGAAUCUGAUUGAAUAACUUGACUCUUCAAUAAAUCAUUCAAAUGAAAAAAAAAAUGGCUUCAUAAAAGAUAGGUAGGUAAAAAGUUUUUAUUUAAGUUUUAAAAUCUUCACUAAUUAUUAC